AUCCGGGUCCGGCUACUGCUGCGGGCGACUCGUCGCCAUUACGGGGCAGCGGCGGCCGAGCCGGGGCCGGUGCGGCGCCGAGCAGCCGGUGGGUGCCGGGGUGGUGCCGACCCCUCGGGCGGCAGCAGCGCCGGGCCCUGCGGGGCUCCGUGAGCAGCUCUUUCCUCCACCGCGCCCGGAGCCCCGCAGGCCCGGCCUGGCCUUCCGCGGCCUUCCCCGGUUCGAGCAGAGCAGCGAGAAGAUGUCGCCAUGAAGGAGGCCGAGUCCGCGCUGCGCCGCCCCCGCCGGUCGCCCCCGCGGGCCAUGAGCCUGGGCCCCCGCCGGCUCCGCCAGCGCCCGUCGUGUCCCCCCGCCCAGGGCCGCCGCUCGCUCGGGGCGCCCGUUGAUGCUGCAGAGCCCGCCCGGCGCGACCCCCGCAGCCCCCGCCAUGGACAAGAACAGCCCCUGCGGCUCCGGUGCGCCCGGAUCCUCGGCCGGCAGCAAAGGGCAGCAACCGCGGUCCGCCUCGGCCGGGCCCGCCGCGGGGGAGUCUAAGCCCAAAGGCGAUGGAAAGAAUGCGAAUGGAUCCAAGCAGCGUUAUAAUCGUAAAAGAGAGACUUCAUAUUCCAAAAAUGAGAACUUUUCCAGUCAGUCCCGUCGCUCCAAUUCACAGAAAAGCAAAGCUUUUAACAAGAUGCCCCCUCAAAGGGGAGGCAGUGGCGGAAGUGGCAAAUCUUUUAGCUCUUCUAAUGGUGGAAGACGAGAUGAGGUAGCAGAGGCUCAACGGGCAGAGUUCAGCCCUGCCCAGUUCUCUGGUCCCAAGAAGAUUAAUCUGAACCACUUACUGAACUUCACCUUUGAACCCCGUGGCCAAGCAGGACAUUUUGAUGGGAAUGGACAUGGCAACUGGGGGAAAAGGAACAAGUGGGGACAUAAACCGUUCAACAAGGAGCUUUUCCUGCAGGCCAACUGCCAGUUUGUUGUCUCUGAAGAACAGGACUACACAGUCCACUUUGCUGAUCCAGAUACCUUGGUCAACUGGGACUUUGUGGAGCAAGUGCGAAUCUGUAGCCAUGAAGUGCCCUCUUGCCCCAUAUGUCUGUACCCACCGACCGCCGCCAAGAUCACCCGCUGUGGGCACAUCUUCUGCUGGGCAUGUAUCCUUCACUAUCUCUCCCUGAGUGAGAAGACCUGGAGUAAGUGUCCUAUUUGUUAUGGCUCUGUUCAUAAGAAGGAUCUCAAGAGUGUUGUUGCUAUGGAAACACGUCAGUAUGCAAUCGGUGAUACUAUUACGAUGCAGCUCAUGAGAAGAGAGAAGGGUGUUCUGGUAGCACUGCCCAAGUCCCAGUGGAUGAAUGUGGUUCAGCCUGUUUACAUCAGAGAUGACCAGCACAGUCAGUAUUCAAAGCUGCUUCUGGCAUCCAGGGAGCAGGUCUUGCAGCUGGUGAUCCUGGAGGAGAAAGCAGCAUUACUGAAACAGUAUGAGGAAGAAAAACACACCCCAGAAGCCUGUUUCAUUGAGGCAGCUAUCCAGGAGCUGAAGGAGCGAGAAACAGCACUCUCUGCUGACCAGGAUAAAAACAAUGGCAUUGCUGGACUCAGUGCAGCUGUGGAAGAAUUGGUCCUAGAAAGCUCCAAAGCUGUGGAGCCUGCUGCUUCCCAAGAGAAAAAGUGUGAUGUGGAAUAUCUCUCUGCAUUCGAUGAGGAGCUUGUGGAGCCUUGCUCUGACCUGGCAAGUUCCCUUUCGCCUCCUGUGGAAGUAGAAGAGGCAGUGCUGGAUGAGGAGGAAGUACCUGAGGUGGACACUGUAGGAGAACCUGUUACGAACACUGUAGAGGAACCAAAUCCAGCUGAAACAAGCUGCCAAGAAUCUAAAGAUACAGUUAGCAGUGGACAUCUUGGCAACUCUCCUUUUUACUAUUUCUAUCAAGCGGAGGAUGGGCAGUGCAUGUACCUUCACCCUGUGAACGUUCGGUGCCUUGUGCGUGAAUAUGGCAGCUUGGAGAAGAGUCCAGAGAAGAUAACUGCAGCUGUAGUGGAGAUAACAGGCUACUCCAUGACAGAGGAUAUAAGACAGCGUCAUCGUUACCUCUGUCACUUGCCCCUCACCUGUGAGUUCAGCAUUUGUGAACUGGCUCUGAAGCCACCUGUCAUCUCUAAGGAGACUUUAGAGCUGUUUUCAGAUGACCUUGAAAAGAGGAAACGUCUACGGCAGAAGAAAGCUCGCGAUGAACGACGGCGCGAACGCAGGAUUGAGAUAGAGGAAAACAAGAAACAGGGCAAAUAUCCAGAGGUCCAUAUUGCUCUAGAGAAUCUGCAGCAGUUCCCUGCUUUUACCUCUUGCUCCGGAGAAACUACCAGUGUUGAUCAGCAGGGCUUCUCUCAGUCUCCUCUUGGCAGAAGCCCUGUGUUUCAGACAGAGUCUAUUCCAAGUCCGCUGUCACCUGCUGCCAGCCAGGUCAGCCCAUUGCUCUGUGGAAGUUUGGAAGAAGAGUCUCCCUUCCCUUCCUUUGCCCAGAUGUUGAGAGUUGGAAAGGCAAAACCUGAAACGUGGCCUAAACCUGCUCCAAAGACAAGAGAUGAGAACACUCUGGCACUCCCUGUGCCUGGAGAUAGUGAUGGAGAAAGUGACAGCUCUGACCGGAUACCUGUGCCCAGCUUCCAGAAUUCCUUCAGCCAAGCUAUUGAGGCAGCCCUCCUGAAACUGGACAAGCCGUCCACAGCUGAUCAUUUAUCAGAGGAAAAGGGAGGCAAGAAAAGAAAGAAACAGAAGCAGAAGCUAUUGUUCAGCACCUCUGUUGUUCACACAAAGUGAUUCUGCUAUUCAAGAGAAGUUUCCUCUCCUGGUUUUCUUUUAAUUUUGCUUUGUUUUGCUGCUAUAGUUUAAGUAUUUAAAUUUGAACAGCCUAAACUUGUGUUUCCAGGACUUUUAGGGGCUUCAGGAGGAAACCGUGACAGUAUCUGUUGAAGUAACAUGUUUUUAUUCCAACUGCUUAAUGAAUUUAUACUGAAACAGAGUUUUGGAAGUAACAACCCAGAGACAAAUCUGCCAAGGCUUCUAGUUGCUGGGUCAGUCUUUUGGGCCUGAUAAGCAGUGUAAAAGUCCUUACAGCUGUGUGGCACUGCCAAAGUACUGCAAUAUUACCCAAGAGAAAAGGCAGAGAGCCUUUAUUUUCCUGUAAUUAUUCAUGGUCAGAAAGUCCAUCUGACUGACAUAGUGCUGUUGCAGUAAAGCUGUCAAACUGCUGUCUUGAGAAACUGGUUUUGGCUGCACUGGAAACAGGCAAAAGAGCUUACUGGCUUUAGAGUGUUAGCUGCUAUAUCUGUUCUUUUCCUAAAGAGCAAGAAUUCCUCCUGUUCUCCUGGCUUGGAAAGAUACAAAGCUGAGGUGAGUGUAAAGCAGAACUUGGCUACUUGGUUUUAAAGUGGCUUCAUGAUUUGUGUAUUUCAAAAUGGCACUAGUGAUAGAAGGAACCUCCUGACUUCUCUCAGUUGUUCAGGUCUGUUUUAAUGUGGGUGAGUGAGGCUGCUACUUUUUGUUUGUUUUUUGCCAGCCAUGGCUAUACAUUCUUUUUAACCUGAUCGUCUAGAAUAAACACUCCCCUCUAGGGCUCCUGGUAACCAUCUGAAUGAUGGUUUGACACUGGCUGCUCUUGAGUUGGAAGAACAACUGAUAGCUGAAGUCUGUAGACAACUUUUAUACCCCAGCAAGAAACUGGGGUUCUCUUGUACUGGGAUAAGGGCCUGUAUCUGCUUGGUUUUGGGAUUUAAGUUGAUCUGUGCUACAAACAUGUCUGUUCUGGACCCCUCCCUGCUCUUUCUUUGGGUGGUCACAUUCUGCACUGCUUGUGGUUUGAUUUGAGCUAAUGAGUUAAGUGGUAUGGAUUUUGUUGAAUAAAAUUAAUUUUAGGUGUAAUGUACCAGUCAAGGCCAACUGUUGCAAUAAAUCAUAUGCACAUGCACUUACAGUACUGCACCUUCCUCAGCUGUAGCUGAACUGUCACAGCAGCGUGGAACCCUAGAACAUUGCACAGAUUCAAAUUUUACCUUCCUGCUGGCAGAAUUAAUUGCAGGGUGCUGGUACAAAAUACCACUGAAUUAGGGAGGGAGACUGACAGUGUCUUCUGUUGUCUUCAGCCCCAGUGGCACAGGCUGCAGUGUGCUCUGUCCCUCUGACAUUGAUCUGAGCAAGGAAGUGUGUGUCUGAGGCACCUGGAGUUAGGUAUUCCAACACCACUGGCAGUCAGUGGUUGUGUCCCUAUUUAAAAAGCUGAUGACAGCACACGGGUGCUUAAUUUCAGAGCAACAGACAUCACAUGUGUGCCUCAUGGGAAGCUGGUACCAAAGAGUCCAUCACAUGUGGCUGUAAACCAGAAAGAACAGGAGGAGGGGGAGGUAAAGAAUACUUCCAACUGCUGCAGGACAGAGGAAACACCUGCAAAACAUUCUCUGAAAGCAGCUUGACUUCACGCUUGGUCACAACUAACCCUACUCAACGGAAAGACAGUACAGCUUGUCAGGGACUGCAAAGAAAUUAAGACAAGAUGCCUGAAAGUGGUAACACAUCUUGCUGUCAAUAAUUUAAAUGCAUAUGGGAAAACAGUUGGUGAGGGCAGAGAAAACAACUAAGAGAGAUUCAAAUAUGCAGUGAACUGUGUUUACAGCAAGUCAUUUUAAGCUAUGGAACAGGAGUAACUACUUAAGUGUCUAACCAGUAUCUGUUGUGUUCUAUUAUCUGCACAUUUAUAGUCAACUUUUCUUUGCAUUGGGAAGAGAGAAUAGCUGGAGCUGGCGUGCCUCACCUCCACAUGUCACAGGCACUAGGAUAAGGAAAGUGAUGCGGGCAGGGCAGGCUGUCCCUGCUGCAGGGGCAAUCCCCACAGGGACAGCAUCUUCAAUUGUAUCUUGUUUUCCUAUGGAUUCGAGAUAAUACCAGCAAUGCUACUUUCCUGUAACUGAUUGGUGUAAACUUUAAUAAAUAUCUAAGCAGUA